CUCUCACUUUAACAAUUCCACCGCCGCUUCAGACCUUCUACCACAAACUCAUAUUUCAAUCAAGUUAUGGCGGCUUAUGGUGCGGCGACUUCUCUCAAGAAUACGAUUCAGCGUAUUCUACAAUCUUCUCGCAUUUCUCUCGUUUCUCACUCUCCACAAAUCGUAUUCUCAGCUCAUGGUGCAGCGACUUUUCUCAAGAAUGCGAUGUUUUUUUGCAUUUUGCUCGCUUCCCCCUCUCCACAAAUCGUAUUCUCAGAUGAUUUGGGUGUGGCGGCUUAUGGUGCAGCGACUUCUCUCAAGAAUACGAUUCACCGUAUUCUACAAUCGUUUCGCAUUUCACUCUUUUCCCACUCUCCACAAAUUUUACAACCUGCCUACGACCAGAUGGAUCGCUUGCAGAAAGUUCUGCUCAAAUUGGAUGAGACCAGCUGCAGCAAGAUCAGGACGAGGGUGAAUGCUGCAGAUGAAGGAAUCAAAGAGGCAGUUUGGGAAUUCGAAGAUUUACUCGAAUCCCAUGUCUUACAUCAGAUUCUUCCACAACUCGAAAGCAGAUCGGAUGGUGAGAGAGACAACUCAUCGUUCUCUGUAGAUCUGCAGAGUCUGCAACACCAUGUUGAUUGCUUCGUCGAGAAGAUGAAGAUGAUGGAGGAGGAGUACACUAAUGAAAUGGAGAAUAUGGCUGAAGAAGAAGGCGAGCCUAUUUCCUCAAGAAUUGAUUUUGGUGGAAUCAACUCAAAGAUGGUUGGAUUAUCUCAUGAAUUUCAAAGAGCCAGAGAUUAUCUUCUUCAAGAAAAUAACGACUAUUCGCUUAUUGGGAUGGCGGGUGUAGGAAAGACAACUCUUGCUAAGCAUAUUUUUGAAGAUCCAUCAAUUCAGAGCCAUUUUGAGUUUCGAGCAUGGGUGAGAGUGGGCAGAAAAUGCGAAAACAAUGAACUAUUACGCUGCGUUCUAGCUCAAGUGGAUCCCAACGCUUACCGAAUGCUUGCCCAAGGAGAUGAUGAUGAUGAUGAUGAGGAAUUAGUUGGUCUAUUGAAAGAAAAAUUGCAGGGUAAGAAAUGUCUCAUCGUGUUGGAUGAUAUUUGGGAGGUAGAAGCAGCAAUUCGCUUGACAACAUGCUUGCUAGAAAAUUAUACUGUUGGAAGGACUCGAUUUUUACUUACAAGUAGAAUAACAAUUUUAGUCCCGGAGGGUGGGUACGAAAGAGUGCGCUUGUUGAAUGAAGAAGAAAGUAAGGAAUUACUUGGUGAGAAAGUGUUUGGUGAAGAGGGUUUCCCUCGUCAACUUGAGGAACUGGGAGAGAAGAUUGCGUGGAAAUGUGAAGGUCUUCCUCUUAUGAUAGUCACAGUUGCUGAGCUCCUAUCAAAAGCCGACAAAACCCCAGAAUACUGGACUGAGGUUCUCUUCAAGCAACAUAGUUCAGUCUUCGUGGAUGCAUAUAAUCAAAUUUCAAAGGCAAAUGAGAGAACCGAAGGGGUCAGACGACGCCACGUUAUCGCAUAAUUUCAAUUGUUUGUAUCACCACAUUGUAGUAUGAAACCUGAGUGCUGAAUUGUGUUUAUAUUAACCAACAUUGUUGUAAGUUGGAUUUGUGUGAAAACAUUAGUCCCUUGUUCAAGGAUUGUAAUUUUUCUGA